AUGGAGGGGCGGAGGCCCUCUGGACGGCUGCACCAGGUCAUCCGGGCUUACCACCCGAUCGCCUCCACGGAGGUGGCCCUCGAGGUGGACGACGUGCUCGAGGAGGACCCUGACCACUCAGCACCGUCCGGCUGGCUCUUCGGCAAAAACCGCAGAACCAACUGCAAAGGAUACUUUCCUUACAAUUUUACGAAGGAGAUAGUGGAGAGAUCAUGGACCCCGCAAACCCCAACGUUAACACCACCAGUUGCCUUACCCAGAAAGUUGUCGAGUUCAGUCAGCCCAUUUUCGCUUUCCGAAUCAGUAUCUCAGAGCUCGACCUAUGAAUAUGAAGCCUUAUCUAGUGAGCGUUGUAAAGACGAAGGCGUGAUUUAUGGAAAAUUUCAGUGUUCAUCUAUGGAAUCCUUAUACUCAAGAUGUGAAGACAUCCAUGAGUCAAAAGGAGGCGAGAGUCAUCAUGUGAUAGAAUGGGAGAAAGGCCUGUUUUUUCUCACCCCGGUCCUUUGCAGUCACUGUUCCGACUACAUUUGGGGCACAGGACCUGUUGGAAGAAAGUGCGAGAAGUGCCAAGCCUGCUUCCACGUUAUGUGUGCCGCCUCCGCAGCCCUCUCCAGUGCCGCCUCCUGCCCCAGAACGGCCAACCAGUCCCCGUCGAUAUUCACCAGACCAAUUCCACUGGACGAAUGGACGGUGAGCAACGUCGCCGAGUGGUUGGCCGUGCUGAACCUGUAUAGAUACGCGGGGGUGUUCAAGGCAAAAGACAUCAAGGGUUCUGAUCUCAUCAAUUUGGACCGUGAAAAACUCACAAACAUGGGCAUCAAAGACGAAUUCCACCUAGAGACCAUUCUGCACUGCGUCCGGGAACUAAUCAACAGCAACCAAGUUGACCCCAUGGAGGCGCCCAGUGAGUCCAACGACAACGGGCAACCACACAACCUGCACGAGCACUCCUUCUCAAAACUCACGCGGUGCGCCAAGUGCAACAAGUUCCUCAGGGGCCUCCAUCAUCAGGGCUUUCAGUGCAAAGAUUGCGGAGCGGCAGCCCACCGAUCGUGCUCGGCCACCGGUCUGGGUCCUUGCAGGCCGCAUGGUCCCUCCCCUACGCAAUCAGUGUUCGGCACUCCCCUAUGCGCCCAGGUGAACACAUUGCCGGCGCCACCUUUGGUGAUCAAGUGCAUCAAGCAACUUGAGCUCAAGGCCAGUCAGGAAACUAUGGACCCCUACAAAGUCUAUAGGACCGCGGCGAAUGCUGAAAAAGUUGAAGAGCUUCGGAAGAAAUUGAAUGAAGAUGUGGCCAACACAGACUUGAGCCCAUACGAGCCGCCGGUGAUUGCAAGCGUUCUUAAGAAGUUCCUUCGUGAACUGCCGGACCCCGUGAUACCCGUGCAGUGGUACGACAAAUUCAUUGAGGCAUCAAAAAUUAAAUCAGACGAGCAGUGCAUAAGCCGGCUGAACCAGCUUGUGGAAGAGCUGCCUGAGCAGCAUCGGUCCACCCUGACGGUGCUGAUGCAACACUUUUGCUGGCUGUGCCAAACGCAGUAUGCGCGCGGCGUGCGCGAGCCACCGACGAUCCUGGUGCAGGUACUGUGCCACCUGUUCCUGCGGCCGUCCUGGACCAAGAUCAUGCAGGUGGUGUACAACACGGAGGCACACAUUCGCAUCAUGGAGCUGCUGCUGCUGCAAGGCCAGUGGGGCAAGUCACUUCCGCAGUUCAGCACGGCACCGCCUCCGCCGCCCCCGCGCAAGCCGUCGCGGCUCGAGGUGUCACCUGAGAUGCUGCUCUACGAGGCUGAGUGGUACUGGGGCGAGGUGACACGCGAGGAGGUCAACGAGAAGAUGCAGAACUCGCCUGACGGCACCUUCCUGGUGCGCGACGCCUCCAACAAGGCCGGCGAGUACACGCUGACCGUGCGCAAGGGCGGAGACAACAAGCUCAUCAAGAUCUACUGCAAGUUUGGCAAGUACGGAUUCACCGAGCCCUUCCGCUUCAACUCGGUCAUCGAGCUCAUCAACUUCUACCGCAACCAGUCGCUCGUACACUACAACCCCACUCUGGACACCAGACUCUUGUACCCGCUGUCCAAGUUUCAGCAGGAGGAUGAGCUGAUAUCGUCUGAUGUGGACAAGGUGGUGAGCCAGCUGCUCGAAGCAAACCGCGAGUUUGAAAACAAGCUUCGGCAGGACCAAGAGCUGCGUGUCAAGUACACAAAGGUUCAGAAUGAGAUGAACAUGAAGCGUCAGGCGUUGGACGCUUUUGACGACGCCAUCCUCAUGUUCAAAGAGCAAGUGAGCAUGCACAACGACUUCCAGACCAAGGCCCAGCCGCACGAGGUGGACAUGCUCAGUGCAAACAGGACCAUGCUUCUUGACAGACUGAGACAACUCGAAGACAGCCGCGCGCAGUUGGACAAGAGCAUAAAGCAGAAGAUUGCCGACUGCCGGAUUCUUGAGAGGGACAUCAACACGCUCAAGGCCGAGCUCAGGAUCCUUGAUAAGAGCAAGGAUGCGUGCAUCAAGUGGUUGCAACAUAAAGGCGUGAAACAGAAUAGAAUCGAGGCUCUGAUCCAGCAGCAGGAAGCCUCCGACAGUGAGAUGGACGUGGACUGCCUGCCCCAUCAGAACGAGGCUACCUGGUUGCUGAUGGACUGUACCCGCAACACGGCCCAAGAGCUGCUGGCAACCAAGCCUGACGGCACUUUCCUAGUCCGACCGAGUCGCAUCAUGGGCCAGUACGCCCUGUCCAUCAUGUGCAACAAUGCCGUGAACCACUGCAUCAUCCACCAGACAGACCGAGGGUUUGGUUUUGCGGAGCCGUUCAACAUCUACGGCUCGCUGAAGGAACUGGUGCUGCACUACGCGCAGAACUCGCUGGAGGAGCACAAUGACGCACUGAGCACCACGCUGUUAUAUCCAGUGAUGGCGCAGCAGCCAGCUGCGCUGUGAUAAGACCCCGUCGAGCAGUAUUCACUCCCCUCAACACUACUCUCUACUGGUUAAGCGAGCCAAACUCGGACACUUGCGAGACUCGGCCUUGUGAUGAUCUGAAGUUAUGUCCUACUCACUCACUCCACUCACUCUCAGCACGGGCACUCUCCACCCCCAUCCAAACUUUGCGCCCCCUCGGUUUCACACACACACACACACAUACACACACACGUACACACAAACACUUGCAGUUGUCACUUUUCCGGAUCAGAUCGUACGAAUGUUAUUGUAAAAAAACAAACAAUUGUCAAUGUGUCCACUUCUCUUUGGAACCACCUGCAGCUCGGCUUGUGUGUUGGGAGUGCUUUUCGUUUUAGUCCCGACACAGCUCGGGAGUUUUUUUUUAUUUUUAACCGAGCAGCGGGCGCGAGGGCAGAAGUGAUACUUUUUUUACUCAGAAAACGCUUCUUUUCCUGAUCGAUUGGACAAUAAGAUUUGCUGAAAAGGAGCACUUUUUAUCUACGGUAAUCAAACGAAGUCAAAAGGAGCUUUAUGUGACUAAAUUUGUCCUGGACGCGCCCGCGUGGCUCUUGCCAUUUUUUAUUCUCGCCUGCUACUCGAAUUGUUUGUAGCGACACGAACGCCAGGGGUGCGCUCAAAAAGUGAGCCACUCGCCCGAAUUGUGUGUCUAGACCAAUUAACCCGGCAGGCAAACUCGAUGUGAACGCUCUCAACCAAAAGCCAGCUGCAUUAGCUACACUGUUUUGUAAGGGAUUUGCUAUUUUGGAAUCCAUUUGUCGCGGUCCGGUCUUCGUUACGGACCGGGAAGUUGACUGUCGCUGCUGCAUCCGUCCUCCGACCUUUUAACUUGUUUUAAAGUGAAUUAAAACCUGUGCCACCUUUGUUAAUUUUUUGGUUGAUUUUGGACAUUAUUAAGAUUUACUUUAUAUAAAGUUAUCAUUUUUUAAAUCUGGAUUCGGUGGUUUUUCCUUGAGGUCGAGCGACGGAUGAAGCGAUGAUCGGCCUCCUACCAGCUGAAUUGUUGUAACUUUGUAAACGAAGAAGAAUUGUCAACCGCCGGUUGGUCGUGAACGCCGGCGGGCAACAAACAAACAAAUCACGUCAGUGUGUGAUCGUUCCAAUUGCCGAUUGGAACCCAGAACACUAAUUUUUUCUAAACAAUUGUACAAAAAUCAGGAAGAGAAGAAAAAGAAAACGACGAAUUGAUGUAAUUCUGCAAUCAGCCAUUAUAUUAUAUUGAUUGUUAAUCUGAUUAGAGCCACACUCAUUGAAACAAAGCCGUAUUAUUACAAUUCGAUUGGUUGAUUUUCCGCAUCAAAUGCACCCACGCAAACGAAACAAUAUAUAUUGAUGAUGUAAACAUUCAAUUCGACACGAUAUAUCUUAUAUAUCCAAUAUGAUGUGAGAAUUACGAUAGACCUGCUAAUACAAAUUGCGUGGUCAGCGGCUGGUCAUGAGAUGACCUGCGCUGCCCGCCACAAACCCUUUGUCCCCUGGUUCACUGUCUGGUUUAGAUUUUCACGCAAACUCACACACACACAUACACUUACACAAAAAUUUCACACUCACUCAAAGAAAGCGAAAAAGAAACUAGUUCAAUUUAAGGUGACGCGAAAUGAAUCUUGUAAUGUGAAUGUGAUCCGCCAUUUAGCACAAUUUAAAAGAAAAAAAAAUAACUAAAAAUAUCACAUGCCUCUUCGUCGGAAAAAUAUUUGGUGAAAAAAUUCUCUCCCUUGUAGUUUGUAAUCGAUCGAAAAAAAUGAUGAUGCGAUGAUGAUGAUGAUGAUAAUUUAAUGUUAAGCGAAAACAAAAACAACAAAGUAACUUUAAAGAAGAGAUUUAUUUUGUAGUGGUCGCGGAUGAGAAGAGAAAUUGCGAGUGCGUAUUUGGACGAGCAGCUAGACUGUUUUGAGUGUGCAAAAAACAUAGUGAUCGUUCGUACGUUCAUGGCCAGGCUUCGGGCCGCACUUUUCGAGCGGUGCCGCCGCUGUGUCGUUUUCGUUUGGCCGGGGCUGCCUUUUUUACCAGGCAAGCCACUGCAAAAAUGUCCGGCUCUGUAUUUGUAUCAUUUGUAAUAAAGCCACAGAUUAUUAUAUACCAAACGAAA